AUGACAUCCUUAUCACCGGUUCUGAUGGUGAAUAUGUUCCCAAUUAGUUCAGGAUCUCAAUGUUCAGUUGCUUUAAAAACAUUGGGUUCUUUGACGUAUUUUCUGGGUUUGGAAGCAAACAGAUCAGCAGUCUUUCAUCUCAAGCAAUCAAAAUAUGCAUCUGAUCUUCUUCUCAAGACCAAGAUGCUAGAAGCCAAUGCUUGUUCUACACCUAUGGCAUUAGGUACCAAGUUAUUCCCUAAUGAUAGCCCACCAUUUGAUCACCCUAGUCUAUAUAGAAGUACUAUUGGAGCCUUGCAAUAUCUUACUUUAACACGACCUGAUAUCAGUUUUACGGUUAACAAACUGAGUCAAUUUUUACAAACUCCUACAGAGCUUCAAUGGCAAGGGUGCAAAAGAGUGCUUCGGUAUAUCAAAGGCACCUUAAAUUAUGGUCUUCAGUUCAAACCAGCUAGUUUCCUACAAAUUGAAUGUUAUGCCGAUGCCGAUGCCGAUUGGGGAAGCAGUCUAGAAGACAGACGAUCAACAAGUGGUUAUUGUAUUUACUUGGGUCCUAAUCUAAUCCAAUGGAGUUCUCGAAAACAAAAGGUAGUGGCACUUUCUUCAACUGAAUCAUAA